GGGGGCGUCCGCCGGUGCGUCUGCCCUCCGGUUCCCCGCCCCCGCCUCCGUCGCAGGCCCGGCCUCCGCCUCCGCCUCCCCCUCCCCCUCCCCGGCUUCUCGCCACCCCUCCCGGGCCGGCCUCCGAACGGCCGCGCAGACCUCGCAGCGCGGGAGGCGGGAUCCUCACGAAUAAAUCAGAAUGAGUUAUACAGAAAAACCCGAUGAAAUCACGAAAGAUGAGUGGAUGGAAAAGCUCAAUAACUUACAUGUCCAGCGAGCAGACAUGAAUCGCCUCAUCAUGAACUACCUGGUUACAGAGGGCUUUAAGGAAGCAGCAGAGAAGUUUCGAAUGGAAUCUGGGAUCGAACCUAGUGUGGAUCUAGAAACACUUGACGAGCGAAUCAAAAUACGUGAGAUGAUUCUGAAGGGCCAGAUUCAGGAGGCUAUUGCCUUGAUCAACAGCCUCCACCCAGAACUCCUAGACACAAACCGGUAUCUGUACUUCCACCUGCAACAACAGCACCUGAUUGAGCUGAUCCGCCAGCGAGAGACAGAGGCGGCGCUGGAGUUCGCCCAGACCCAGCUGGCAGAGCAGGGUGAGGAGAGCCGGGAGUGCCUGACGGAGAUGGAGCGCACCCUGGCCCUCCUGGCCUUCGACAACCCCGAGGAGUCGCCCUUUGGAGACCUCCUUAAUAUGAUGCAGAGGCAGAAGGUGUGGAGUGAAGUUAACCAAGCUGUCCUGGACUAUGAAAAUCGCGAGUCAACACCCAAGCUGGCAAAAUUGCUGAAACUGCUCCUUUGGGCUCAGAAUGAGCUGGACCAGAAGAAAGUAAAAUACCCCAAAAUGACAGACCUCAGCAAAGGUGUGAUCGAGGAGCCCAAGUAGUCUGUGUGGUGGACCCGUGCCUUACCGGCACUGGACUUGCCGGAGUGUCCGUCCCUGACUGAAGGAAUUUACUGCAGUAGACACCCCCCGUACUCUUUUCUGACCUGGCAUCUCUUUAAAGGGAAAAUGGCCCUUUGGAGCGCUGGGAAACCCACAGUGAGAGGCGCUGUGUCUGAGGGUGCGGCCGCACCGGGGUGUGGGCUACGGAGGAGUCGGCGGCUAGCGUGUGUGGUUCGUGGUUCAGGAAGCUGGCUCCACAAAGGCCGCCACGUGGUCCACACGGCAGCUCUGAAGCCAACCUCAGCGUGGGCUCUUUUCUUUACCACCCCCGCCCCCGGUUUUGUUUUUUCAUAGAAAAGACUAUAUAAAUUUGUAAAUCCUAAUUCAAAGAUUUCUUUUGUGUGAGGGUAUUGAGUUGAUUUGUUUUCCCUUUUGGUCUGGGUUGUGUGGCUUUGGGGAGAUGUGUGUGUGUGUGAUGGGUGGGCUGUGUGUUUUUUAAUUUUUUAAAUAUAUAUUUUGGUGCUGUAUGUGGUGAGACACCUUCCUAGUGGACCGAUGAACCAUCUCUUCUAGGCAGUUUUGUUGAAAAUAAAGGUUUCUCGAUGAUUUCAAGAAUGACCAAAAUGGCCUCUAAAAAGUUUUAAUCAUCUCAGAUCUUUUGUUUGGGGCUGACUUCCCCGUGGUGAGGGCAGCUAUGGGGCAUCUAGCAGGUGCAGCAGGAGGGGUGAGUUAUGUGCUUGGGAGUGGCCUGGGGGCAGGCACAGCUGGGCUGGACGUAGGUGCGUCAUAGGCCGCAUCUGCCUACCGUUUCCCGGGGCGCCCGUUCUGUGUGGGUCCUGACCCUGUGCGCUCGCCAGUGUCCCUGCCCAGUGGGGAGCUCACAGGUGGUGGUCAGUGGCCUUGGGAAGAUGCGAGUGCCUGGGAGCGGGGUGGCAGAUGCUGUGCCUGGUGCUGCUGGGAGCUGGCGCGACAGUCGGCUUGGUGGGUCCCCACGGGGCUCCUGCCCCCGGGGCGGGUCCUCUGCGGUGACAGCGCCCACAGAGCCUCUUUUGUUGCUGUGGCUCCUGCGUGUGCUCUGGAGGGAGUCCCUGCUGCUGGAGUGGCGGGGACUUGGUUCUCCUUCGCUGGACUCCAGGACUGAGAGAAAUGCCAUGAGCAGCUGAAUUUGGGGGAGUCUGUUUGCCCUGACAAGCAAGCUGAGGCAGCUUUGUGGGUAUUUGGGUGGGUCGGGGGUCCGCCUUUGAUUGCAAGGACCACCCUCAUCACAUUCCUGCAUACCUGGAGUAUUUAUCAUUAACUGUCUAGUGCCAGCAGUUGUCUACCCUGAAUAUUCACACUGUGCUAUGACUUGGAGUCUUGUGAGGUCGUCGUCCGGUGGGUAGGCGCUCUGGGCAGGGUUUAUUUCCCUAGAUGGUUUGUGUGAUUCAAUCAGAGGCAAUGGUGAAAGUGUUGCAUUUCCACUGUACACUGAC